GUUCCGGCGGCUCAUUCCGGCUGUGACACUCGCCAAAAGCAACAUCAACAGCAAAACCUUCAUACAGCAUCAAGCCGAUAACUGCAAUAUAGAAGCAAAGGAGAAGCAAUAAGCAUGGCGUUUCGCGUGUUUCUGGGCCUCCUGGCGCUGACCGCCGCGGCGUCGGCCUCCUCGGACCUCCAGGACAUCCUGCCGUCGGACGUCCCCAUCACCAUGAUGGAGAGACUCACCGACGACACAGCGGCUGCUCGGGGAGAGUAUAUUGAGCACACGACCUCCAUGGGCAUCGCGAAGGGCCGGCGAGAGACUUCCCUUGGUGUCCAACCGAUCAACAGCCACUUCUACUCCUUCAGAGGCAUCCCCUUCGCCGAACCUCCCGUGGGAGACCUGCGGUGGGCUGAGCCUGUGGACAAAAGAGGGGCGUGGCCCGGAGGCUUCUUAGACGCGACGAGGUUCCGCCCGUUCUGCCCGCAGUACGACACUGAGAGCAAGCGUGUCCUGGGCAAGGAGGACUGCCUUUAUCUCAACGUCUACACGCCUUAUCUGCCAGAAAAUAACCUGUCAAAACAUCUGAUACAAACGGCUUAUAAGUCGAUGAAUUAUGCUUCUAUUCAAACCUUUUUUGCACAUUUUAUUUUAUUGUCUAUACCUGUGAUACCCCUUCUAAGCAAAGGAGAAGCAAUAAGCAUGGCGUUUCGCGUGUUUCUGGGCCUCCUGGCGCUGACCGCCGCGGCGUCGGCCUCCUCGGACCUCCAGGACAUCCUGCCGUCGGACGUCCCCAUCACCAUGAUGGAGAGACUCACCGACGACACAGCGGCUGCUCGGGGAGAGUAUAUUGAGCACACGACCUCCAUGGGCAUCGCGAAGGGCCGGCGAGAGACUUCCCUUGGUGUCCAACCGAUCAACAGCCACUUUUACUCCUUCAGAGGCAUCCCCUUCGCCGAACCUCCCGUGGGAGACCUGCGGUGGGCUGAGCCUGUGGACAAAAGAGGGGCGUGGCCCGGAGGCUUCUUAGACGCGACGAGGUUCCGCCCGUUCUGCCCGCAGUACGACACUGAGAGCAAGCGUGUCCUGGGCAAGGAGGACUGCCUUUAUCUCAACGUCUACACGCCUUAUCUGCCAGGGUCAGAGACUGCAGGCAACAAGACAGGUCAGCUCCCUGUGUUCGUGUUCUUCCACGGCGGCGCCUUCCUCAGGGGCUCGUCCUCGGCGCACGGCCCCGCCAGGCUUCUCGCCCACGACGUCGUGGUCGUCACACUCAACUAUCGCAUCGGGGCGCUCGGAUUCCUCACGACAGAGGACGCGGAGCUCCCCGGCAACUACGGGAUGCUGGACCAGGUCUCGGCGCUCCGCUGGGUGCGCAACCACAUCGCUCAGUUCGGCGGCGAUUCUUCCAGGGUGACCAUCGGCGGAUUCUCUGCGGGUUCCGCGUCCGUCCACCUGCACAUGGCGUCGCCCCUUUCCAGAGGCCUCUUCCACGGCGGCCUCAUGAUGAGCGGCUCGGGGAACUGCGAGUGGGCCGUCAGGGGAAACCUCAGCGCCUUCGCCCGCCAGCUGGCAAGGAGCGUCGGAUGCCCCGUCGCCCCGGCGGCGCUGAUGAGGACCUGCCUCUCCACGAUUCCCAUGGAGGACCUCCUCACCGCGCAGGCCGCCAUGCAUAAAUUCGGGUUCUGGCCGCUGCCGUUCGUGCCGACGGUGGACGGGGGGCACCGCGCCCAGCCCUUCCUGCCGGGGAGCAUGUCCUCGCUGCCCCUCUCCCACGUGCCCGUCCUGCUCGGCUCAGUGCCCGACGAAGGCCUGCUCUUCGCUGCAGGUGUGCUGCUCAUGGCGAAGGAACCCGACAGCGCAGCCUCUGUGUACGAGGAAGCCGUUCCUUACGUGUUCAACGCCUGGCCCAACGAGCACGAAAUCCCGCUCAUGAGGUCGAUGGCCGAGGCUUUCUAUUUCACCGAGCGAGCCAAGGAAUCCCUCGAUGUUCUGCUUGAAGAGAUGUCUGAGGCUUUGACGGACUACGUGUUCGGGCAUUGUGUGUGGGACGAUGCAAUGCUGUUUGCCGAGAAUGGGAUGGAAGUGUACACUUACCUUAAUACUCACCGCGACAUAGACACCCCUACCUGGGCCACGCCCCUGUACGACCGCCUGCGGGAACUGGGCGUCCGGACACCGCUGCUGGAGACGGGCGUGUCCCACGGCGACGACAUGGUGCACCUCUUCGACUUCCCGUACGCCCUCGGCAAGUUUUCGGCGCGUGACGAGAUGGUGUCCACUUUCGUCACGACCACGUGGGCCAACUUCAUCACAAACGGGUCGCCCGUGAUAGGAGACACCAGCAAGCUCUCAUGGGCCAACCUCGACAGCUGGACGCCCUUGCAGCCUGAUCAACCCAUGAGCUAUUUCCGCAUUUCCGUCGAGCCGACCAUGGUGUCACGACCACACAAAGGAAAGGAAAGGAAUUUCUGGCAGCAAGUGGUGCCAAGCGUCUUCAGCCAGACGCACUCGGAAGCGGCAAGCAAAGGCGCGUGCCACAGGAGGGAGCAGUCGUCGUGCCCGGCUUCGCCCCGCCCUUUCGCCGAUUAAUGUGAACUAAUGCCCAUACGCCAAACGCAUACCCUUGCGGACAUACACACACACACCAACGCGUAUACACACUAGCACACAAACACCACUGACAUAUACGUACGAGCACACACACAACCAAGAUAAAGAAACAUGCUGUAAAUAUUCGCGUUGAUGUCGAAAUUAAGCAUUUGUAUAUAUUGUGAGGUUUUUUAUCGCAUUAAUUCUAGAAAAUAAGGUCUGAGUGUUUUUAAUAUUAUAUGAUCGUGAAAAUGAUUUUUGUACAAUAGCAUAUUUUUCUAAUAAAUAUUACCUAGCUAUAA